CCGCCCGCAGGUUUCCGCUGAUUACAUUGCACCUGGCCGGGUUCCCGGCCCAGGGCCCUCACGUGGGAACACCCCGGCGCUGGAAAGGGAGGGGUCGAGCGGAUCCGGCCACUUCCCUCUGCCUUUAUUCCCAGCUCGCCGCCUUCCCCGCGCACCUUCUCUGCCGCUCCGCUGCGCCCGUCCUGCCGCUUCCCCAGCCAUGGACCCCCCCAGCGCUGUGCCCUACGCCCGCCUGGAGAUCCCCGACCUCGAUUCCGUGCCCUCCUACAAGUACUGGUCCAUCUUCAACAUCCUGUGCUGCUGCCUGCCCCUGGGGCUGGUCGCUGUCUUCUACUCGGGACAGGUGGAGGAGUGCCUAGCACGCAGAGAUAUCGCAGGAGCGAAGUCCGCCUCUGACACCGCAAGAACCAUCAACAUCCUCGCCGUGGUGAUCGGGCUGGCAUGCAUCGGUGUGGUCAUAUUCUUUAUGAUCCAGAGAGUUCAGCUGCUCAGUGCAGCACAACCCACCCAGUUUCCCUCAUUCUAUCAUUCAGGCUGAGGCCAGGGUGCUGCCCCCCAGGCUUGGGGAGAUGAAACCACCACUGCAAAAAUCUGUCUUUGAAUUCUGCUCUCUUUAGGUUCUCGCUCUUCUUUAUUCUGCUGGUAGCCAGUAAGCUUCCUCUACAGCUGGUGCUGCCAUAAGUAUGUUUGCAGGUUUUAUGCCCCCAAGAUCAUCAUCAAGCUGACAGCUGCAGAUAUUGAAUUGGGAUUCCCUCUCUCUCAGCCUUUACCGCAGCCACUUGGGUAUAGUUCUCAUAGCACUAACUCCUUUCUCACUAGACUGGAAAGAAAUCAAGAAAAAGACACUGAAAUCUUUCCAGGCCACACAGACAGACUUGCUGCUAAUGCCGAGGUUCUUAACUAAAGCACCACGUGGGAGCAGGGGCUGCACUGCAGGGGGGAAGCUUGCAGGAACUAUUGCACCCCAUAGUGGCUGCUGGCUGGGUGCCCAGCUCUGAAGGCAGUGCCACCAUCAGCAGCCACGGGGGGCUGAGAGCAGCUCCUGACCCUGCAUCUCCACCCAUUGGGAGGCACUGUGCAGGGCAGGUGGAGGGGUUGGGACUCCCCACAGCUGCCUGUUCUGGCCUGGGUUCCUGGUCCCUGCUCCUCAAGGUUCUCUUGGCCUCAGAGCCAGGUCCCCCAGCAUGGUGGCUGUUACUGGCUGUGAGCAGUUGAAGGGCAGCAGGGAGCUGAGAAGCAGCCCCAGCCUGACCAGGAGGCAGGGCCGGGGAGGAAGUGGGGUCAGAAUUUAGGAGGAGCAGGGGUGGGGAUAUGGAGAGCCAGGGGCACUGCCCCCCCUCCUGCCUCAAGCUGGCACCACCUCCCCUCUUCCAGUCUCCUCCCCUCACAUUUUUUCAGGCUUAGAUAAAAAGAUAAGUGUUGGCUCUAGCAAUGAUGCCUGGGGGCCACAUUCAUCCCCAGUCUCCCACCUUCACUGGCUCCAGCUAGCACCUGUCCUGUUUAAAGCACACAGCUUGUUAGGUUACUAAGUGCCUGGUAGCUGAGACCACUGCUGUUUUCGCACUAGCUCUGGGAGGAGAUGAUUGUAGUAGAUUACCGAGAGCUGUUCAGGGCUAAUUAAUGUAAUCACUUCUCUGUGAAAGUUUUGGAUCAACUCUUGUUAUAAAUGUAACUGAAAGAUGGGUUUACUCUGGCUGUGACACCACUGCUGUGUAUGAUGAGUUUCAUAGUUGCUGCUACGGGUGGCUUUUUGCCCACCACCCCCAAAGCAAAAGAGAGGGAAUGGAUCAUAAAAGGCCAGAAAGUGGCAGGGGAGCUCCAAGGCAGAUAGGAAACCUUGAACUACUUUAAAUUCUUCGGAGUAGAUUUCACUGUGUCUGUUAAGCACGGCACCUUGCCCUUCACAAGAGCUGAUGGAAGAGUUCAGAAGCACAGGGAGCAAAGAUUGAGAGAAUGGAUUUUACACGGGGCUUGUAUACGGUUUAAAAGAGAGGGCUUAUCUGUAAACAGCUUAUUCCAAUGUUUCUAAAAGUUUACAAAAAUGUAAAUAAAUGCUUCCAAUACUAAA